AUGUCGUUCCAGACCUACGACGCCAUGACGGCGGGCCGCCGCGCCGACCAGCCCGUCGACGUGCUCGCGGCGCUCGCGGGCCUCGUGCAGUUCGCGUCGCGGCUGCGGACGUGCCCCCCGGCGGCCCUGGCCUUCCUGCGCCACGCCGACGGCCUGCUACGGGGCACGGAGGCCGCGCCCGGCGUCGCGCGGACGUGGGCCGAGACGGUCCUCUUCGCCGAGGUGUCGGUGCGCGAGGCGCAGAAGGAGCUGGCCCGGGUCGAGGACGAGGCCGCGGCGCCGGCGCCGGCCGCCGCGGCCUCGAGCUUCUCCGGCUUCGGCGACCGGCUGCGGUCCGUCUUCGGGCCGGGCGACGAGGCGCGCCAGCGCGAGCGCCUCGCGGCCGCGACGGCCCAGCUCCUCGAGCACUGGCCGCGCGCGGCGCCGCCGCAGCCGCCGCCCUUCGCCCGGCGCGCGUCGUCCAUCGAGGCCGACGCCUGCGGCGCCAUCAGCGGGUGCGGCGUCCAAGACACGUUCUUCGCCGCGUACCGCGCCGAGCCGCACAAAGUGGAGACGCCGCCCGGCGCGGAGAAGAAGCGGAAGCGCCGCCUGGAGGAGGUGACCACGGACGUGCAGCGGCUGGACCUCGCGGAGCAAAGUACGGACAUGGACGCGGCGGCCGCCGCGCGGCUCGUGGCCACGGCCGAGGCCGAGAUCACGGAGGGCGACGACCUCCUCGAGGGCGGCGCCAUGGUCGAGAACGCGCCCUGCGGCGAGGCCGCUGCUCUAAAGUUCCACGCGGCCUGCGUGCGGCUCGAGGGCGUGCGGUGCGCCGCGCAGCACCUGCCGGCUCCUUUAAAACGCACGGCGGCGUCGGAGCUCGCCUACGCGCGGCGCGCGGCGAAGACGCACGCGCCGCUCCUCGAGAACUGCGUCGUCGAGCGCGCGCUCUACGACGCGCGCGACGCCGACCUGCGGACCAUCUCGCGGCAGGCGUCGGCCGCGAGCGACCGGCCGCCGCAGGCGCUGUUCCGGCGCGUCGACUCCCUGGCCGAGCUCGACGCGAGCGGCCGGAACCGCGCCCAGGGCUGCCUCGACGUGCUGUGCGCGCUCGACGUCGGCGUGGAACUGCCGUUCGCGGCCGUCGACGCGGCGGACGAGCGCCUGCGGCACGGGGCCGCGGCGUCGUCGGGCGCGCCGUGCGCCGUGGGCGACAAGUACGUCGUGGACGACGAGUUACUGGGGAGGGGCUCGUACGGCGUCGUCCGGCGCUGCACGCGGAAGAGCGACGGCGGCCAGUUCGCGUGCAAGACCAUCAGGUUGCGGGGCGGCGCGUGCUGGGACCGGCUGCACGCCGAGAUCUCGGCGGCGCGCAAGCUGGACCACCCGCACAUCUGCCGGCUGCACGAGGUCUUCUACGAGAAGCAGCGGGUCCACCUGAUCUUCGACCUCUGCACGGGCGGCGAGCUCUGGGCCUUUUUGACGGCCGGCUCGCCGCACGGCCGGCGCCCGCGGCCGCUCGACGAGGCGACGGCGCAGCGCUUCGCGCGCGAGAUGCUGUCGGCGGUGAGCUACAUGCACGCGCGCGGCGUCUGCCACCGCGACUUGAAGCCCCAGAACUGGCUCCUGGCGUCGGCCGCGCCCGGCGCGCCCCUCAAGCUCGUCGACUUCGGCCUGAGCCGCCGCGUGCCCGAGGGGCUGUCGCGGUCGCUCGACGACUCCUCGUCAUGUUCGUCGCGCGAGGCGCUCGAGGAGCAGCUCGAGGCCGUCGUGCGGGCGGCGAACUCGCGCGACGAGCAGCUCGAGGCCGCCGCGCGGGCGGCGGCGCCGGCGCGGGCGACGCCGCCGACGCCGGACCCGCGCGCGGCGACGCCGACGCCGGCGCGGGCCUCGACGCCGACGCCCGCGACGCCGCGGACGGCGCCGGCGUCGCCGCUCGCGCCGCCGCCGCGCAUCGUCGCGAACGGGCCGCCGUCGCCGGGCCGCAAGGCCCCGCGCACGCUCUCGGACGCGGUCACGAAGCGCCGCAGUGGCUCUGACCUCGCGGACCUCGACAUGGACGACGCCGAGGACGACGCGAGCCUGGCCACGCGGCCGCGGUCGCCGGCGACGGUCGUCAUGUCCGAUCGGCCGGAGAACGGCCACGCCCGCCGCGACCGCGGACGGACCGGCGGGCUCAGCGACCGCGUCGGCAGCUUCUACUUCGUGGCGCCCGAGGUGCUCCGGGGGGGCCACGACGCGCGCUGCGACCUCUGGUCGAUGGGCGUCAUCGUCUACGUGCUCCUGAGCGGCUGCCCGCCGUUCGCGGGCCGCACGGACCGCGAGAUCCUGAGCCGCGUCGCGCGCGCGCCGCUGCAGUUCCCGGCGCGGCUCUGGCGGGGCGCGUCGCACGAGGCCCGGCUCUUCGUCGCGCGGCUGCUCGAGCGCGACGUCGAGAAGCGGCUGACGGCGGAGCAGGCCCUGCGCGAGCCCUGGCUGCGCGUCGAGCACGCGCGGCCCUCGGCGCGGCUCUGCUCGGAGACGCGCCACGCCGCGCGCGCCUUCGCCAAGCUGGACGGCCUGGGCAAGCUCGUCGCGCACGUCGUCGCCGCGCGCGCGCCGGCCGACCGGCUCGAGGACUGCCGGCGGGGCUUCGCCGCGCUCGACCGGGACGGCGACGGCGCGCUGGGCCUCUCGGAGUUCUUCCUCGCGCUGGGCGGCGAGGCGGGCGGCUGCGGCGUCGAGGAGGCGGCGGCCCUCUUCGACGCGGCCGACGCGAGCGGCGUGGGCCGCCCGCUCUCGUUCCGGGCCUUUGCGGCGCUGCACGUGGGCGGCGGCACGCUCGCGCCCUCGGAGAGGUCAUUAGAAGACGCCUUCGACGUGCUCGACGCAGACGGCGCCAGCGCCGUCAGCGGCGACGACGUGCGCGCGGCGCUCGGCGUCGACCGCUGCGUCGGCGCCGACGAGCGCGACGCGGGCGCGGCGCUCGAGGCGCACGCGCGCGCGGCUCGCGCGCGCGCCGCCGGCCGCGGCCUCGGCGGCGUCGACGUCGACGACGGCGACGACGCCGACGCGCUCGACUUCCCGCGCUUCCUCCUCGCGUGCGAGCCGCUCUUCCUGGGCGGCGGCGAGGCGCCCGGCUUUUGAGCCCCAACUUCGACCCCCAUCGCCGACUCACCCUUGGUCUGGGCCCCAAGUUCUGACCAUAGUGCACACAUUGUGACCGUGCCGACGUAAUUAGUUCAUAGUUG